CCGCGCCCGCUGCCCCCUUGGCUUGCAGUCCCCUGGCGGGCCUCAGGAGGCACCCAGCCCCUGCAGCAAGGGGUCCAGGUGCCCAAGGAGAAAAUGCUCAGUGCGCAGGGCCCAAAUGGGCGGCGUGGAUGGGCGAUCCCCUGAAGGUGCGUCCGGAGGGACUCGGAUUACUGCCCAGUUUGUUUACUUGAUGACUGCCUUGGCAAUGGCUCUGCCUGUUUGGCCCCCUAGGCACCUACCCCCAUACCCACAAGCUUCUCUUGCAGCACCGCGGCAUUCGCAUGCCUUCACAGCCGGUUCCAGUAGUGCCUGUGCCCCGUUUAUGUCCCCAAUCCUCUUCCUGUUGCCCCUCUGUAACCCCCAGCUCCAGUGUCCCCAGCCUCCUUAUGCUCUCAACCCCUAGCCCUACACCACAGACCGAACCCCACCGCUGGGAUGUGAAAGGGCAGAAGACUCCAGGAACGUCUGUCUGCAUCCAAGCGAUUGCACCAGAAGGGAAUUCUUAGGACUCUUCCUCCCCUGGUGUCAUGUGGCCAGCUGCCCUGCAGUCUUUCAGGAACUGGGUGGCCAGAGAGACACCUUGUGGUGCAGGAGGAGGAUGCAAGUGAGGAAGGCAACCCUCGGCCACGCACACACAACUCACUCAGUCACCGUACAAAGCACGCCUGCCGCCAACGCAGGCUCAAGCCCCGUUCUGUCCCGAUGACAUUACCCCGCUGACGCCUUAGGGGUGGCGGCCGAGGGGUGGCAAUUCUAAGAGCCCCAGUAGCUGGCUUGGCCCUGAGAAGACGUGGUUCUAGCGGAAGCGAGGCGAGCCGAGACCCAAGCCCUAAGCUGGAGCGAUGGAAUGGGACGUCAGAAGUAGAACUGGAAUGAGUAGGACCCAGCGACUCCAAACCAGGCCUGGAGCGCACACUUCCCAGAGGCAGCGCAAGGGAGGGCUCCGCGUUACUGAGACCCCAGGUCUGCAUCGGAGACUCAUGGAGCUCGGAGCACGAACAGCUGGCCUCUCUGGAGCUAGCAGGUUCCUCCUGAAUCUCUAGGGCGCCGCCCCAGCCCAGCCACCAUGGCGCACGGUUUUUCAGUGGGCUUUGACCCACUGGGCCUAGGAGACCUAAGCUCCGGCUCUCUGAGCUCCCUCUCCUCCCGAGGCCACCUGGGCAGCGACUCCGGCUCCACCGCAACGCGAUACCUGCUAAAGAGGCAGCAGCGGCUGCUGAAUGGGCCCCCCCGCGGAAUCCGAGCCUCGUCGCCCAUGGGCCGUGUCAUCCUCAUCAACUCCCCCAUCGAAGCCAACAGUGACGAAAGUGACAUCAUCCACGCAGUCCGGGUGGAGAAGAGUGCAGCAGGGAGGCUGGGUUUCAGCGUGCGUGGGGGCUCGGAGCACGGCCUGGGCAUCUUCGUCAGCAAAGUGGAGGAGGGGAGCAGCGCAGAGCGGGCUGGCCUGUGCGUGGGGGACAAGAUCACGGAGGUGAACGGGCUGAGCCUGGAGAGCACCACCAUGGGCAGCGCCGUGAAGAUGCUGACGGGCAGCAGCCGCCUGCACAUGAUGGUGCGGCGCAUGGGCCGUGUGCCGGGCAUCAAGUUCUCCAAAGAGAAGACCACGUGGGUGGACGUGGUGAAUCGGCGGCUGGUGGUGGAGAAGUGUGGCUCAACGCCGUCGGACAACAGCUCGGAGGAUGGCGUGCGGCGCAUCGUCCACCUGUACACAACCUCCGACGACUUCUGCCUGGGCUUCAACAUCCGUGGGGGCAAGGAGUUUGGCCUGGGCAUCUACGUGUCCAAAGUGGACCACGGUGGGCUGGCCGAGGAGAAUGGCAUCAAGGUGGGGGACCAGGUCCUGGCGGCCAAUGGUGUCCGGUUCGAUGACAUCAGCCACAGCCAGGCCGUGGAGGUGCUCAAGGGCCAAACGCACAUCAUGUUAACCAUCAAGGAGACCGGCCGGUACCCUGCCUACAAAGAGAUGGUUUCUGAGUACUGCUGGCUGGACCGACUGAGCAACGGGGUGCUGCAGCAGCUGUCCCCCGCCUCCGAGAGCAGCUCCAGUGUCUCCUCCUGUGCCUCCAGUGCCCCUUACAGCUCAGGCUCCCUGCCCUCGGACCGCAUGGACGUCUGCCUGGGCCCCGAGGAGCCUGGCAGCCUCGGGCCAGGCUGGGGGCGGGCGGACACAGCCAUGCAGACGGAGCCUGAUGCGGGGGCCCACGUGGAGACCUGGUGUAGCGUGCGGCCCACGGUCAUCCUCAGGGACACAGCCAUCCGCGCUGACGGCCUCCCACCCGCCCGCCGCCUUGAUUCUGCCCUCUCUGAGUCCCCCAAGACCGCUUUGCUGCUGGCCCUUAGCCGACCCCGGCCCCCCAUCACACGCUCCCAGAGCCACCUGACCUUGUGCGAGGAGAAGAAGCAGCGAAAGAAGGAGAAGUCGGGGUCCCCUGGGGAGAAGGGAGCCCUGCAGCGCUCCAAGACGCUGAUGAACCUCUUCUUCAAGGGAGGGCGGCAGGGGCGCCUAGCAGGGGACGGGCGCAGAGAGGCCUGGACGCUGGACAGCGGGAGCCUGGCCAAAGCCCGCCCUCGCCCGGACGCGGAGAAAGGGGGCGUGGGGCCCGUGCAGAAGUUUGUCACCUGGAGACUGAGACGUGACCGGGAGAGGGGCCGGGCCCUGCUCUCUGCCAGGUCCGGGAGCCCCUCCAGCCAGCUGCCCGGCGUGGAUGAGUGGGUGCAGGCCUGGGAGAGCCGACGGCCCCUCAUCCAGGACCUGGCGCGGCGGCUGCUGACUGAUGACGAGGUGCUGGCUGUCACCCGCCACUGCUCCCGGUACGUGCACGAGGGUGGCGUGGAAGACCUGGUGAGGCCCCUGCUGGCCAUUCUCGACAGGCCUGAGAAGCUGCUGCUGCUGAGGGACAUCAGGAGUGUGGUGACCCCCACGGACCUGGGCCGCUUUGACAGCAUGGUGAUGCCCGUGGAGCUGGAGGCUUUUGAGGCCCUCAAGAGCAGGGCAGUCCGGCCUCCUGCUUUGCGACCUGCCCGGCAGGACACACCGCCCAAGCGUCACCUCAUCACCCCUGUGCCUGACAGCCGCGGAGGCUUCUACCUGCUGCCCGCAAACGGCUUCUCAGAGGAGGACGAUGCCGGGGAGCUGAGGGAGCAGCUGGGGGGCCUCAAGGUCUCUCUGAGUGCCCCUGCCCCCUGCCACUCUCAUAAAGGGAUCCCCCCUCUCCAAGACGUGCCAGUAGAUGCCUUUGCCCCCCGCCGAAGCACCUGCACACCCCCUCUCCAGCUACCCCUCGUGGCUCCCUGGCCCCCACGGCCUAACUGGCUGCUGACAGAGCCCCUGAGCCUAGAGGGUCCCGGGCAGGGCCAGAGCCAGGGCCGGGCCCAGAGCCACAGCCGCAGCCGGGGUCGAGGCAAGUCCCCUGGACGCAGGCGCUCCCCAUCCCCGGCACCCAUCCCCACCCCCAGCAUGGCCAAUGGGCGCUGCCACAAGCCUCGGAGGGCCAGGCCCCCCCUGCCACGACCUCUGGAUGGGCAGGCAGCCAAGGUGGGGGGCAGGCAAGGGCCCUCCGAGAAUGGAACUGGCGGGACAGUGGAGGAGGCAGCCACGCAGGCCCCCAGUGGGGAGUUGAGGACAGUCACGCUGUCCAAGAUGAAGCAGUCCUUGGGCAUCAGCAUUUCCGGGGGCAUUGAGUCCAAGGUGCAGCCCAUGGUGAAGAUAGAGAAGGUCUUCCCCGGGGGGGCCGCCUUCCUCAGUGGGGCCCUGCAGGCUGGCUUUGAGCUUGUGGCAGUGGAUGGAGAGAGCCUGGAGCAGGUGACCCACCAGCGAGCAGUAGAUACCAUCCGUCGGGCUUAUCGAAACAAGGCUCGGGAGCCCAUGGAGCUUGUGGUCAGGGUCCCCAGGCCCAGCCCGAAACCCUUACCCUCUGACUCAUCAGCCCUCCCUGACCAGCACCUUCCUGCUGACCAUUCCCCUGCCCAAGCCUGUGAUGCUACUGAGGCUCCUGCCCCCUGGCACCCAGAACCUUCCACCAAUACCCAGCCCCCUCCCACAGAUGCUGGCCUCCUCCAGCCCACUCCCAGCCUAGUCCCCUCUCUAACCCUCCAGAGUCCUGAUACCCACCCCAAGCUCUCGCCACUACCCCAUGACCCUUCCCACUAACCUCAGACUCCUGCUGACCCCCAGCAUCUCUAGGCCGUACCUGCUAAAUUCCUCAGGACGCAGGAACCUUCCCCUUCUGCUUGUCCUGCCCACUCUGAGCUCCACACUGGUGGCUCUCAUCUCCCUACUUCUUUCUCUCCUCAGCUGUCACUAAGGCUCUGCCUUAGUGUCCAAGGACAAGGUGCUAGCGGGCAGCCUGUGUAACCCACACUCACUGCUCCCCAACCUCCCAAGAUGGGAAAGGGGCUGAGAAACCCAAUAUCUGGAGCCUGGGAUUGGUGGGUACUUUUUCAUGAUGCCCCUUUGAUUUCCCUCAAAUAUUGAGGGACAUGGACUCCCAGGGCCCUCAAAGGGUCAAUGCACACACUCCCCAGCCCCCAGCAGCAUUCUGUGCAAGGGACAGGAUGAAAGGCUAUUCAUUCCCUUGAACCCCAAGAGACCAUUUCAUGUUGGGGUCCACUAGGACCUCAGACUUUCUACUUUCUAUGAUUUUUCCUUCCCCUAUCACCCUCUCUCUCCAUAAGAGCUCUAUGAGGGGCAAGGGAGUUGCCAGCAAAUAAAGAGGGGACAGGGGUCAAACAAGUUCCCAUAAUCUUUACCCAGCACACUUUUUUU